GGCGCGCAGCCAUGGCGGCGGUGCGGGCGGCGCUGCUCGCCCCGCUGCUGGCGCUCGGCCGGGCCGCGACCCCCGCGCGGGUCGAGGUGGCCGUGUCGGAGCCCGGGGCGGCGGGGCCGGACGGGGACGGGGCCGGCAGCGGGGCCGGCAGCGCGGGCGCGGUGCCCGGCGGCUCGUACAUGCUGCGCGGGGCCGUGCUGGGAGCGGGGGGCGGCCGGGCCGGGCCGGGUCGGGGCGGCCUGCGGGGGGAGCGGGAGGAGAUGGAGAUCCGAGGCCGCCUGGUGCUGGUGGGUGAUGUGGAGCCAGAGCUGAGCGCUGCUGACAGCUGGAUCGGGGUGGUGCCCGUGGGCACCGAGGAGCCGGCCGAGGGCCCCCGGAGUGCCAAGGAGGAGUCCUUCACCACCACCGUUGUCACCAAGAUGAAGCGAGCCCUGGUGCUGGGGGCCUCUGCCCUGCUGAUCCUGGCGCUGAACCAGAACGCCAUCCGUGAGCUGGACGUGUCCCAGCUGUUGGCCAAGCCUGUCAUCGUCAUCCAGUCCUCGGACAAUGUCACCAGGCUGCUGGGAGCGCUGCUGCGUGGGCUCCGGGCUACAGCAAAGAUCACGUACCAGGCAGUGCUGCUGGAGAACCUGGGAGUGACCCUCACGCUGUGGUCCACCUGUGGCCUGUCCCGAGGGGGCCUCUACGGGGAGUGGCAGGGGGUCAUCUGCCCCGGGGAGAGCAGCUCGCAGGUCCAGAAGUACCUGCAGCAGCUGUGGAACACCAUCCUGCUGAUCGCCCUGCUGCUCUGCACCGGCGUCAUGGUGCAGGCCCAGCGCCAGUCGCGGCAGGAGCUGUCUGAGCGGGAUGCUGAGCUGGACCUGAAGCAGCACAUCCGGCGGCGCCUGCUGGCACUGAAAACCCGGCGGUACCACCCUGGGAAGCUGCCCCGGAGCCGGGCCUGUGAGAUCGACAGCUGUGCUGUGUGCCUGGACCAGUUCCACAAGAGCCAGUGGCUGCGGGUGCUGCCCUGCUCCCACGAGUUCCACCGGGACUGUGUGGAUCCCUGGCUCCUGCUGCAGCAGACCUGCCCUCUCUGCAAGCGCAACAUCCUGGGGAACUGCUGCACGGACAGCUAGCUGGCCUGAGGACACACUCCAGGGACAGACCCAUGGCUGCUCCAGGGACAGGGAGGGGGCAGGGGGUGCCCAGUGAGAGGCGCUUGCUGCCACAGCAGGGUUGGUGUGGCUGUGCCCAUCACAGUGCCCACACUUUGGAGACGGAAGGACCUGGGGCUCUCCUGCUGGGUGUGAGUAGAGGGGUGGGGGGUCCAGAUGGACAGUGUUGGGGAGGGAAGAUUUGGGGCACCUAUGGGUGUAAUGGGGUGGGGGCUGGGGCAGGGAGAGCCCUGGUCCUGCUGUGCUCUUACCCUGCUCACAGCAAUUUUUCUAAGUCUUGUGGUUUUUUGUCUGUUUGCUGGUGGCCGUGGCAGGGUAGGCAGAGCCUGGCUGCAGUGCCAGCCUCUCUGGGAGGUGGGUGACAGCCCUGCCAGGGCUGGGGCUGGCAGGGCUGUGGGUAACUCACGGCCUCACCGUGGGAGGGCAGGGGUUGGAUGCUUUAUUUAUAAUAAAUUAUUAGAAAGGAUGGCACAAGUCAGCUGCAGAGCCAGCACAGGGCUUGGCUCACCAGCACGGUCACUGGGGACACACCAUGGGCCCUGCCUGAGUCCUGCCCCAUGGGCUGCAAUGUGGCACGUGUCCAUCCCAAUUAAACAUGGAGCAAGG